UUUUUUUUUGCGGUCAGCCCCAACGGGGCGCACGGUGCUGCACGAGGCGGUGGUGGCAGGCAGUGUGGACGCCGCUGCUGUGCUGCUGGAGUGGGGCGCCGACCCCGACGGGGGCUCCGCCAACCAGCAGGAGGGAUUUUCCCCGCCGUUGCUGUGGGCGGUGCAGGCGGGCAGCGAGGAGUUGGUGCGGCUGCUGCUGACCAACGGGGCGGACAUCAACGCCACCGACGCCACGCGCUGCUCCGCGCUGCACUACGCCUGCAGCACUGGCCACAGGGGCAUAAUAAAGCUGCUGCUGGUGGCGGGCGCCAACAUGUAUGCGCGCAACCGCGACGGGCUGGUGGCGCAGCAGCUGACGUCGUCGGAGCGCAUCCGCGCGCUCUUCCGCAAGCUGCAUGAGUACCACCUCAGGAGCGCGGGGGGAGGGGGAGUGCCGGGCGAUGAAGGUGCGCACGCGGAGCACACGGGCAGCAGCAGCGGGGGCAGUGGCGCGGUGGUGGGCGGGGGGGCCUUCAGUGGGCUGGCGUUUGACGGCCAUGAUGGCGGGCGCUCGCUGGACCCCGCCUCCCUGGCGGACACGGGGUGCAGUGCGGACGAGAGGCUGGGAGGGGACGGGGUGUGGGAGGAGAGGAGGGACGCGAGGAGGGGGGGAGGUGCGCGGGCGGGCGCGGAUGCCUUUCCCCUGUCUGCGUCGCUGGCCGCCCCGCCGUCGCGCGCCGACUGGCUGCUGGACAAGAACCGCACCAUGAGCUUCCAGAGCCCCUCGCGCGACCCGCGCCCCUCGCACCUGUCGCCCUCUGCGUCCAUCUCGCCCCUGGCGGCGCACCCCACCUCCCUGCCCGCGCGCUCCAUGUCCUUCCGCAGCCCCUCGCGCCCCCACCUGCAUGGGCCGCACCUCGCCCCCGCGCCCUCCGGCCUGUCCGGCGCGCCCCAGGGCGUGCCGGCGCGCAGCAUGAGCUUCCGCAGCCCCACACGCCCCCACGUGCUGCCGGGCCAGCGCUCGCGCAGCCCCAACCCGGGCGACAGCCACGAGCACCUCUUCACUGACGCAUGGGACAGCGGCCGCAGCCAGCCCGCACACCAUGCAUCCCCUGCCGCCGCCGCCGCCAUCUUCCCCUCCUCCGGCUCCGCUGGCUCCCACGGCAGUCACAGCACGGAGGGGGAGGGUGCUGGUGGCAGGACGGUGGGUGCAGGCGGUGUGGGGGUGGUGGGCACGGUGAGGGGAGGAGCGGCUGGCGCGGCAGCAAGGAGGGUGGGCGGCAGCAUGAUGGGGCGCGUGCUGGACUCCGCGGCUGACAGCCUCAUGGCGGCCGGAGCGGCAGCGGCCAAGCGACAGACGCACGGCAGGGAGCGGCGGCGGGAAGAAGAGCCCUCCAAGCAGCGGGCGGCAGGGCGGGUUGCAGCAGCGAGGGGCGGGAGACGAGCAGUCAAGUCAGAGGGGUGUGUUGAGAGCAAGGAGGGACAGGGGGAACGGAGUAUGAAGGAGAGGGAGGGAAGUGGAAAGGAUGUUGGGGGAAGUGCGAAGGAGAGAGGGGGGAGUGGGAGAGAAGGGCAGGGCAGUGGCGGGGGCAGUGCAGCUGUUGAUGGUAGGGACGGGUCGUUGGCUGAUUCCUCUCACUCGGAGAGCGACCGAGGGGAGCAGAGGGCGAGGGAUGGGGGCAGGCGGUUGGUGAGGCGGGGCACGUCACAGGAGGAGAGGGCGAAGAAGGGCGGGAAGGCAGGGGCAGCAGGCACUAGGCUGGGGGCAGGGGAGCCUGCUGCUGUGGCAGGUGGUGGUGGUGGUGGUGGGAGGGGAGGGCAGGGCCCAGGUGGAGCGAGGCGAGCGGGCAGCAGUGAGGUGGUGGAGGAGGGGUCAGGUGGAGAGGGCAAGGGCGGGGCAGGCGAGGGCAGAGGCGGCACGGAUGGCAGAGCAGUGCCAGACUCCGGCCCGCGCUCCCCCCUGCACGCCCCCUCGCCCCUGACCUCCCCCUCUGCCUUGUCGCCGCCCUCCUCUCAGCUGCGCAGGCAGGCACUGGAAGGCCGCAGCAGGCAGGGCAGUGGGGGUGAGGGGGCGGGCCGACAGGGGCAGCAGGGGAGGCAGGUGCAGGGGGAGGGGGGCCGGCAGCAGCAGCAGGGGAGGGAGGCGAGGGAGGGUCGGGAGGGGGGCGACUGGCCGUCAAGUGACACGGAGGUGUCGCUGCGAGUGCGGCAGCAGCGAAGACCUGGGCUCGGCCUCUCCAGGCCGGGUGUCUCCGCCCCCUCCGCGUCCCCUCCCCCUGACUCCGCUGCCGCAUCCCGUCACGCCCGCGUUCACGGCAGCAGCAGCAGGGGCGUGGUGGGUGGUGGUGGGUCGGAGGAGAGGGCAGCAGGGGGGGCUGGGGGAGGGGGCGCGCAGCGCUGCGGCGGCAGGGAGGUGGUGACGGACGACGAGAGCAUGCGCGCCAGCAGAGGUCCUCGCCCCGUGCCAUCGUCACUCAGACGCCUGGGCUCCGGUGUGCCGGGGGGUGCGGGCGCCGCCGCAGGGAGGCAAGACACAGCCUCAGACACACCAGCAGCAGCGCCGUCAGUGGCGGCAGGGGCAACAGCGAGGGGCAAAGGGGAGCGGCCUGGCAGCUCAGGGGGACGAGUGGAGAGGCCGGGAAGUUCAGGGGGCAAGGGAGAGAGGCCGGGCAGCUCAGGUAGUGCUGCUCCCAGCGCUCCUAGUGUGGCAGCGACUGGUGCUGGGGCUACCGGGGUUGGCGGUGGUGGAAGUAGUGGCGGCGCUGCUGCUCCUGCUGCUGCUGCUGCUGCUGCUGCUGCUGCUGCUGCCAAGUCAGCAGCCAGUGACGGCAGUGACACGGCCGCUGCCCAGCCCUUGCGUGUGCGCAAGUCCGUCAAGUUUGCCCUCCCUGCAGCUGGCAGCACCAAGGGUGCUGACACCAGCACGACAAUGGGUGAGAAUAGUCCUGUGGCAGGCGAGGAGAGCGUGGGUACGAGGAGUGAUGAAGCUAGGGGUGCGAGCAAUGGGGGGGGCACUGAUGGUGAGAGGGGUAGGGUCGAGGAGGAAGGGAGGGAGGCAGUGGUAGAGGGGGAGAGGGAGAGUGGAGGAGCGGCAGAGAAGAAGGUGUGUGCACGGCCGCCACUCUCCCCCAAGCUCGCAGUCACGAGGGAAGGCGCAGAUGCGGGGCCAGGGCCAGGAGAAGCAGGAGACGCGGCACACACCAGUCAAGCAGACGGAGUUGGUGCUUCACCUGCCAUCGCGCCCCACAGCGCAACGCCCUCUGCCUCCCCCAAGACCGUUGAUCCCACUUCCCCAACUACCGUCUCCCCCAACACCCCAUCUCCGACCACCCCCCCCACCCCCCCACCACAUCUCCUGCCACGCCUGUUAUUGCGCCUGCUGCUGGUGGUGAGGACGCGGCAUGUGGCGCCUCCGCAUCGUUCAAAUGGAAGAAGGGCGAGAUGCUGGGCGAAGGCGCAUAUGGCAAGGAUGUCUGCGACCAUCCUCGCUGUGUGGCUGGCGGUGUUCCUGGGGCUGAACGAGAUGACGGGCGAGUUGAUGGCGGUGAAGGAGAUCAAGCUCACCAGCGCGGGCGAUGAGAAGGCCAUGCUGAUCGCGGCGUUGGAGCGUGAGAUCGUGCUGUACAAGCAGAUGCGCCACAAGCACAUCGUGGGGUACAUCGACAUGGAGAAGGACGCCAAGGACGGCUCCAUCUACAUCUUCCUCGAAUUCGUCUCAGGCGGCUCCAUCCACAGCAUGUUGGAGAAGUUUGGGGCGUUCAGCGAGUCGCUGGUGCGCGUGUACACGCGGCAGCUGCUGCUGGGGCUGGAGUAUUUGCACGCGUGCCGCAUCGUGCACCGCGACAUAAAGGGCGGCAACGUCCUCGUCGACCGCGACGGCGUCGUCAAGCUCGCCGACUUCGGCGCCUCCAAGAGCUUCCACGAGGGCACGGUGGGCGAGGGGUGCAAGAGCAUCCGUGGGUCGGUGUUCUGGAUGGCGCCCGAGGUCAUCAAGGGCGAGGGCUACGGCAGGCGCGCCGACAUCUGGAGCGUUGGGUGCACCGUCAUCGAGAUGCUGACAGGGCGGCACCCGUGCCGGGCAUGGACAACACGUGGAGCGCCAUCUUCCACAUCGCCAAGACCACCACGGGGCCACCCAUCCCCGAGGCCGCGUCGGAGGAGGCCAGGGACUUCCUCACCGCCUGCUUCCAGCUCGACCCCAACCAGCGCCCCUCCGCCUCCGAUCUCCUGACCCUCCCAUUUGUGCAGGUGCCUGACACGCCAAGAGACGCCCGCUUCGCUGCCUUCAUACCCUAGCACAUGCCUCUGGCCUCCUCGGCUCCUUGCCGCGUGUCACUGCUUGCUGCGCCAGCUGCAAGGCACCUACGCUGACCUGGCCACUCACCUGACUUCGUAUCUACAUGCCUCCCCUCCUUUCCGCUGAGGGCGGACUGCUGCCGUCACUAACACCUUAGAUCCAUUUGGCAGCAAAGAAGAUGUUGGGCAAACGAGCACCUUGUGGUUUAUUCAAUGUUAAUUGGCAUGCAUGCAUGGAGUCAUUGGCAUGCGUGCAUGGGUCAUGUUAAUCCGGCUGCUUCCCAUGCUAGGAGUUGCACUGCAUGAAAUAUGGUCGACCUUCCCUGAAUUGUGAUGUCUGCUUAGGGCGUACCGUAUCCACCCGGAUAUGCGCCCCCCCAGGGGAUGGGACCCUGAGUCCUUUAUUCAGCGCAUGGGGCUUAUGCACCUUAU